AUGCACCUUGUUGCACUCAACAUUCCUGACUUACUCAUCAAUCUAUGGCAGAAAAACAUUGCUUGUGAUAAAACAGAUGACAAGAGCUCCUGGGAUUGGGGUGUAUUAUGUGACGAGGUGUGGACACAACAUGGCAAGAUGAUAGAGAAUAGCACUUGCUAUCUUCCUGGCUCAUUUGAUCGGCCACCACGGAACCCAGCUGAGAAGAUAUCUAGUGGAUAUAAAGCAUGGGAGUUCUUACUUUACAUCUACGGGCUAGCACCAGGUGUAUUGUAUGGUGUGCUUCCAGAGAAAUACUGGAAAAACUUCUGUAAACUGGUCUACAGCAUUCACAUAUUCAACCAGCACAAAAUCCUAUUACCUGAUCUUCAAGAAGCUCACAAGAAAAUACUCAAGUUUACGGCAGAAUUUGAACUACUUUAUUACCAGCGACAAACAGACCGGCUCCACUUUAUUCACCCCUCUAUACACACUGCCCAUCAUCUAGGUCCAGAGGUUACUCAAAGUGGUCCGGGAAUUUGCUCGUCACAGUGGACAAUUAAAAGGACUAUAGGUAAUCUGGGCCAAGAAAUGCGCCAACCCUCAAACCCUUAUGCAAAUAUUUCCCAACGAGGCCUACUUCGCUCUCAAAUCAAUGCACUAAAGGCAAUGAUCCCUAUCCUCAAUCCAGAAAGAAAUUCUCUUCUGAAGGGUGCAAAGGACGUUGAAGGUGGAUAUGUCCUGUUACGAGCAAAGGAAAAAUACCCCAGCAAUGUUCGUGACUGUGAAGUUGAGGUCAUCCGUGCCUACCUGUUAACAAUGAGCACCUACAAUACAGCUGCUGUGAAUGAAUGGAAUCCUAUGGUUGUUGCACGGUCAGCCUGGAAAGAGAUACUAAAGCCAAAAGAAAGGGUUAGAGUCGCAAGAAAUGUGAAGCUUCACUUUGCCGAAGUUUUGUUCUAUUUUCUUUUACGUCUGCAGCUUGAUGGCAAAGAGAAACCACAUGCACUUGUAUCUAUUUAUUCAAAACCACAUGCGACUCUCCUCAAGGCAUCCUCAAACACAGUCUGGUCAUGCACUUCUCAAGGUGAUACUGGCCUUCAAGUUAUCGGGGUGAAGGACAUUGUUCAGGUCUCUGUUCAAUAG